AUAAUGUCCAAAUUCUUUAAUGAUUUCGAACAAGUAUUUCAUCACGUUGACAAGGAUGGAGAUGACAAGAUUUCAUUAGCCGAGUUGCAACUAUGCUUGAAAUCCAUCAGUAUGGAUUUAUCCGAUGAAGAGAUCAAGGAUUCGAUCAAAUUCGAUGAAGACGGCCUAUUAGGGUUUGAAGAGCUGGCCAAAUUUGUGGAAGGAGAUGAAGAGAAUAAUGUUGAGGUGUUGAGAGAAGCUUUUCGGAUGUUUGAGAUGGAAGGCAAAGGAUACAUCACUGCAGAUAGUCUCAAGAUAGUACUUAGCAAGUUUGGCUCAGAGAAAGAUACAGAAGAGUGCAGGGCUAUGAUAUGCAAGUUUGAUCUCGACGGAGAUGGAGUUCUUAGCUUUGAUGAGUUUAAGAAUAUGAUGACAUAAGAUGAUAUUGUUAUGGAUGUAGAUCGCUCUUUCCUAUAUAUAUAUAUAUAUAUACAUUACUUGCUUGGUUUAGUUUCUCGUG